UUGGCAGCUAUGUUUUCAUUUCAUUAAAACAAUAUGGCAUCGGUCUGAUAUCAGUAUAUCAGCAUUAUUCAACUUGUGUAGUUAUAAAUAUUAUAGGAACUUGGUGACUCGGUGAAUGUGUGAUUAUCAAUUUAUAUAUUUUUGAGAAGCUGUAAUAUUUAAAGAAUUAUUUAUUCUUUGGGGAUAAAACGGUGUGUACUAUAAAUUUUAUCGAUGGUACAAUUGUUAAUAUUAGAUUGAAAUAAAUAAAGGGAACUAAAUUAAUAGUUAGUGCAAUUAUCAAAAAGUCAUUUUACAUGCUAAUUUAGUGCUAUUCGAGAUUGAAAUUUAGAAUUCUUUUUACAAAGAUUGUACAAAUCGUAUACACUAACUAUGUCGGAAGGCUAUGGACUUAGUGAAAGUGAUGACGGAGAACUGAAAUUGGAGUUUGAUAUAGACUAUAGGGAAAAAUUGUCCGACUUUCCAGAGGUGUUAGAGUUUAUAAAUAAAUUACGUGAGCACAUAAAGUGGCAACACAAAAAGAUAAAUAAGUUACACCACAAGCUUAUAGAACAGAAGAAGCAGCGAUUGCUUUCACGAGAAAAAGCACUUGUUGAUAACGGAACACAAACAGAUGCUUUAAAUAAUCAAGAAGAGUCAUUACCAUCACAGGAUUGGACAGUUAAUGAACCAGAAAAAGGAGUUAGCAUUAUAGAUCAAGUGAAAGAAGCUGCUGAGUCUGCAUUGCAGCAAACUGGAUUUGUUUAUGAUGAAACAUCUGGAUUGUACUACGAUUAUAAUACAGGAUACUAUUAUGAUGCUACCCAGGGCUUAUACUACGAUGGCAACACAGGAACAUAUUAUUAUUAUGAUGAGCAAACAAAAACAUACAAAUAUCAUAGUCAAACUCCAGCUGCACAGAAUAAAGCACCUAUUCAAGAGAAAAUAAAAAAAAAGGAGAAGCGGAAAGCCAGAAAGGCAAACAAGGAUGAUGGAAGAAAGCGCAAAGUGGCGCGACCAGACGUAAAUUCUGAAGGGGAUGAACCAGAGGAAGGCGAAUGUUCGGACAGCGAUAACAGCCACACUACUCCUGAUAACACGCCUGAGUUAUCAUCUAAUAAUGAGAGCGAGAUCGAGGACGAACAAGAGAUCGCUAAAACUUACCCACCGUGUAUGCGCAUCAUCGUGAAGGAAACAGGGCUGCCAAAAUUAAAAGUCGGUUCACUGUUCCUCGUUACUUACACUGGCGGUUCCAUGGGUCGUGAAGGUGAUCAUGCUGUUCUUGUACCUGACAUAAAUAUCAGCAAGCACCACGCAAAGUUUCAAUACGACGAGGAAAAGGGUCUGUAUCAAAUAAUUGAUUUGGGCUCAAGAAAUGGAACAGUCCUAAAUGGCAAAAGAUUAUCAGUGGCAAAACAGGAAUCGGAACCCCAUGAGAUUGCACAUGGUUCCAUUGUUCAAGUUGGAACUACGAAGCUAUUGUGUCACAUACAUAAUGGUCAUGAAACUUGUGGAUACUGCGAACCUGGCUUGGUACAGCGUAGUAGCAACAUUGAGGAGAACAAGACUUUGAAGAAGACGCAGCAUAUAUCAGAAUUACGAAGACUUAAGCAUAAAUUCGGUGUGGAGAAGGAUAAUGUGGCUACUGCUAGUCAGGUUGCCUGUGGUUAUCAAGACAGAGCACAGGCACGAAGGGAUUUUGUUGGCUCCUCGACUCAUCAUGUCAAAACACAACAGAGUUCACUUGACACAUCUAUUGCAAAGGAUAACAGAGGUUUUAAGUUGCUGUCGAAGAUGGGUUGGUCUGAGGGACGAUCACUUGGGAAAGAUGGUGAUGGCAGAACUGAGCCUCUGAUGUGGAAGAACGUGGCUGAAGAGGAGAUUGAGUAUAGUGAAGGGAGGCUAGUUAGCGCGAAUCCGGGUUGGCCGCCUAGCAAUCACUAAUUCCUAUAAUCAGCGUUUCCCUAUGCUGUACCAGUGCACCAUAACAUAGGAUAAUGAUUUAAAUGUCCCUCCAGGCUGUCGGGACAGUCUGUGGUAAUUUCUCCUGUUCUUUUUUACGAGUUAGAGCAACUUUGCGUUGCCUUAACUGUACCUGACAUUAAGUUCCUCUCACACCGUUGUACCAUUAUACUGUACCACGCAAAAAACAGCAGCAAAGUACAACCAACGGGAACCUCUUUCGUCGUGGAAGUGUUAUAGUAAAUAUUAUAAGAGUCAUAAAAUCAAUAAGUCUGAUAUAUCAAAAUUCCCAGCUCCCAGAUUUUCAUUAAGUAACGAGACAAACAUUGAAAUCCGAUUAAAAGAAAACGUUGGGAGCGCAACGAAAUUGUUGUAAGAAAACUAAAAAAUCAUUCACAGUUUCGUGGCACUGAAACACUGCUCUGCCUCAUGCAGGAGAAUUUAGUGAAAACAUUAAAAAGAGAAGGAAAGAGAGUAUAAGAGAAAGAGAUGGGAGCGGAAAGAGAACAAUAGAAAUGCUUGGACCAUUUGCUGAAGCUGGUCUUCUGGAUGUUGGUUGCCGAGCGUUAUAAUUUUUCAGUCCUGAUUUACUUGCUCGGGAUGAAACGACUGGCUG